UGAGGGGCUGUGCGUCUGACGUCAUAGACCAAUAGCCAAUCCCCGCGCAGAGCGCCAAGCUCCCUCUCCCACCAUCGAAAACAUGGCGGAGCAGGACGCGGAAAUCGGCUUCAGAAAGGACACGGUUAGCAAACUGCUCUCAGGUUCCUUCAAGGAGGACAAGACCAAACUAAGUGGCGACGCCGCGCUGCUCAUGGCGGAGAUGCUGAAAGUGUUCGUUCAAGAGGCUGCCGUGAGAUCACUGAAACAAGCUGAAUCCGAGGACUCCGAUCAAGUUGAUAUCGAGCACUUUGAGAAGGUCCUACCUCAGCUGCUGCUGGACUUCUAGCGAAGUUAUGCCACAAGGUGGAGCCAGGGUGCUGCCAGCGUGUCCCUCCUUUAAUCCCAGGCUUCAGUUUCUACAGCAACACGUUUUAUUUUAAGUGAUGUUUAUCUUUCCUGUAAAAACUGCAACUUAGUAACCCUUGGAAUUCUCCUUCUGUAUUUAUUGGGACUCGGGGUGAUUUUGACGCAGAAAGCCGCAGUGCUGCCCAGCCUCCUCCAUGCCACCUCCAGUAAGGCCCACCUGUGCUCCUCUGUAGAACAACAGGUGCUUCCAGCGUGCUCCAUGGUGCCCUUCAUCAAAGCCUCCUGGAGCAGUUGGAAGCAAUUAGAGUAAUAAGGGGAGCAGCCAGUCCCUUAGAUGAUGACAAGUGCCAGGAAAAAAGGAGUACCCCCUCCAGCCACUUUGAAGUUCCCUUUUGCUGUCCUGCGAUGUUUAGUUAGAGGUGGGGGGAAGGGCAAAGGGGACCUCUGGCACAGGGGGGAAAGUUGAAUGGAAGUGUGCAUGCACAAAUGUGUGCAUGUGUUAGCCAAACAUAGCGAGAGACCACACGCAUAGAUAUUCUGUUUGAAAGGAAACAUAACAAAACACAUUGGAACAUGGUCCAAAAAGAGCAGGGUGUAAUUCUGAAGGUAAACAAACAAAGGAGGCGACUAGUAGAGGUGCGCUCUCUCCUUUCAUCACAGCAGCGGGGGGGGGGGGGGGGGGUGCUGUGACUGCAGGGACAAGGGUAAUGUGGGGUUUUCUAACCCGGUUGCCUCUGAUGGUUUUCCACCAGCGGUGUAUUUUGACCAACGUGUCUCCACUGUGAGUCAGCAUAGCUGCACAACACCUCACACUAUUUAUUUGUGCGGCCCUCGGGUGACUCACUAUGCUUACAAAUGCUGCUCGCACACAGCUGGAAGCAACUUGGGCUCAAGUCAAGAGCCCGGGCUCAGAUAGGUGAUCAAGGACGCAGCACCUGGAAUUUGACCCAGCACCUUUUUAGUAGGGCCCAGGGUGGAUUUGUUUCCCAGGAGUGACUUCCACAGCAGGCUUUGAGGAGGUUUGGUUGAGUGAUGUUUCGUUUAAUGAUCCCGUGAGGACCAUUAGGGCAGAAAGCUACUUUUUGUGAAGAAAAUAAUUUGUUGGGUUAAUAAUUACAGUCUUAAAUAGCGGCAAGUCGUGCCCUCUUGUUUUGUGAAAUACUGUGAACUGCAGAGGCAUUGCUUUGACAAGUUGGCUAUUCAGAUAAAAUGCUGCAAGCAGACUCCCUUUUUCCUUCGCAGAUAUGGAACCAAAUUAUGCAAUUAAAAAACAAUAUAUCCUUGCUUAUCACAACUGUCAUUUUGUCAUAUAUAUUCUCUCUUGGUUUGUUAGUCCUUGCAGAUUAAAUAAAACAGUUAUUCUCUUGG